AUGAGCAUCGUGUUAGGAUCGGCGCAAGUAUUCAUUAGGCCCAAAAAGCCUUGUAUGAGCUUCCGGUACCGCCUAGUCAUCGAACUUGACGUGCUAAACGAAGCUAAGAAAGCACACGAGUUCUGGAUUCGCGACGAGCAAGAGACCACGACAGAAAGUACGACUGUCAGAUCGGAUCUCGAGGACAGCGCCACCGAAGACUGGAGGCACGAAGACGUUAAGAUCGGUAUCAUGAAUGCGAUGUCGCAACGUGACAAUUUUAUUGAGGCCGAGUUUUCGAGCCCUGGAAUUGUGCGGUUAUUCAAGAUUGGUGAAGAGAAGCCGGAUGCCGGGACCGCGGGCGACAGCGUGCUGCGAAUUCCUGGAGACGAUACGAUGAUAAGCGUUUUGUUUGUGCCGAGCUACCUCAGCGCGCGUGAUCUGUUGCAUUCAUUUCUGGGUGACGCGGUGACUAGCCGAGUGUCGCAUUUCCGAAUCAUUCGGAGCAACAAGGAUGCAGGCUACAGUUUCAUACUCCUGAUGAAGUUCCGAGACCCAGAGUCUGCGGCGCUCUUUAAAGAGCAGUACAACGGUCGCAACUUCAACCAGAUGGAUCCCGAGACGUGCCAUGUUAUCCGUAUCAAGGAGGUUGUGUUUCAAGAGCGCCUCUUUCCUAAACCGCAAAGCGCCGGUUCACAAUUCCUGAUGAACGACCCCUUCACUGGCCAUAAAGAAACUGGAGACGUUGAGCUUCCGACAUGCCCGGUGUGCCUCGAACGGCUAGACUCGGAGGUCACAGGUCUGGCCACGAUCCCAUGUCAGCAUACCUUCCACUGCCAGUGCCUGAACAAAUGGAAAGACAGCCGGUGUCCAGUGUGCCGGUACUCGGGCCUGAAGGUUACAAAAUCAUCACUGCUACGGCAAGGUGUUCGCUGCAGCACUUGCGGUGCCAACGAGAACCUAUGGAUAUGCCUGAUCUGUGGGAACGUCGGAUGCGGCCGCUAUAAUUUCAAGCACGCAGUGCAACACUUUAAAGAUACUGCCCACUUCUUUUCCAUGGAUGUGGCGACACAACGAGUAUGGGAUUAUGCAGGCGACAAUUAUGUGCACCGCUUGGUUCAAAAUGAGGUUGAUGGGAAACUUGUUGAAGUUGGCUCUUCAUCUUCGCGCGACUCCAGUGGAAAGAGGGACAAGGAAUACCAUCUAGAGUACGUACAGGUGCUCCUUUCUCAGCUCGAGUCUCAACGUGAGUAUUACGAGAGCAAACUGCGACAAUUGGAAAUCAACGAAGAAGAACUGAAGUCUGUACACAGCUUGCAGCAACAAAUACAAGAACUGAAAUUACAAGCUGUUGUCACUCGCUCCAAAAGUGAACACAAAGUGAACGAAAUGCGGAAACAGCUCGAGGAAGAGCGUCUCCUUUCAAGAGCGCUUCAGAAAAAUUUAGACCAUCUUAGUAACACCAUUGGAGACUUACAGAAACAGCAGGAACAGAGUGUUAUUGAAAACCAAGAGCUGAAAGAGCAGGUGACUGACCUGAUGUUUUUCCUGGAGUCCCAGGAAAAGCUAAAGGAUGCGGAUGAAAGCGUUAAGCAGGGCACCCUGGUUAUGAAACCCAAAAAGAACAGCAGGAAGAAGAAGUAA